AUGCCAACCGCAACAGAAUUCUUGGGCUAUCAAUUCACCAACCUCGGACCUCUGACAACAACAUACUCACCACCACCGUCAUGCACAACAGGAACAACAAACGCCAUCGAGUUCGCCAAGGCCGGCACCCCCACCUUCGUGUUUGGCUGGGAAUCAUGUAGCAUCACCACCAUGGGAAAAUGCCAUCCGUCGGGCUCUCAACACGAUAAGAUUAGAGGUCAAGCCAUAAAGACUGGAGGAAUGGCAGUUUUCGAUUACUUUUCCCCGGGACUCAUUUGUCCUCAUGGUUGGACGACGGCUGGAAAGCUAGCACACGGUGAUGGCUCAACAAUCACAAGAGAGGGUAUUUUCACAACGGAUGCUACUACGACAUCUUAUCCUUUCAGAGGAGAUGAGGUUUGGCUCAAUGUGCUGGCAUCUGACGAAACGCUUGCACUCUGUUGUCCAAGUGGUUGGACAGCUGGUACCGCGGGCAUAUGUCAAUCUUCCAUCAUGCCCCUGACAUCAGCAACAUACACUGAAUUCUGCCAACGACGACUUCCAGCAAGCUUGAUAGCCACCUACUACACCGUCGGAACAAGCGUCUACUCAGAUCCCAUCAGGUCCAUCCGGACAUGGGAUAAUCCUGACGACUACGCAAUGACAGUGCCGUUUACAACUGGGAGCCCGAUGUUGCCCGUUGAUCCCGACGAGGUCAUUGUUCAAAAGAAGCUUCAUGCCGUUCACAUGGUUUAUAAGGAGGGGGAUUCGGCGGAGGCGGGCAAGACUGAUUCUCCGUCGAGUGGGUCUGAUGAUGAAAAAAAUGCUGCUUCCGGGCUGGAAGGUGCGAAGUUGGGACCUAUCGUUGCGGUUGUUGGAGUCCUUGUUGGAGCAGGGCUGCUGUUUCAUUGA